AGAGGGGUUCGGAACGAGGCGGCGCGCGUCCUUGGCCCUGCCUGGCUUAAAGGGGCGGGGCGCCGAUCGCUUGGGGCGGCCCAGCUGAGGGAGGGAGUGGCUACACUUGGGAGCCCCGGGCCGAGGCCGGGAGCCGGGCGGCGCCACCGCGGGCGGCGAAGGACUGGGAGUUCUUGGGCAGGUCGGAGCGGCGUCAAGCCCUAGUGGGAGACGCACCGGGCCUGGAAGAGCAGGGCCCGCCCGGGAAGUGAGAGAGCUGCGCGUCCAGCGCCUCCAGCGGCUCAAGGCCCUGAGGAGCCGGGCGGGGGCGUCUUCGCGAAACGCUGGCAGCCUAGGACCAACGCGUUACCUGCCGCCGGCGGGAGGGGCGGAGGCGUCGCACGGAGGCUCCUGCCUCCCUUGGGGGCCAGGCUGGCUGCUUUCCUGUCCUCUCGUGACAGGUGCUGGGUUGGUCUGUCCCGUCAGAGCGAGGCACUAUGCUGGGCUUUCCUACCAACUGUGUGUGGCUUGGUAGUGGCCUAGGGUCUCCUCCCUGCUGAAGUCCCUCUCCUGCAGGUGGCUGUCUGCCUGGCCCAGCGCCAUGCACACGCUUGUGUUCUUGAGCACGCGGCAGGUGCUGCAGUGCCAGCCAGCUGCCUGCCAGGCCCUGCCCCUACUGCCACGCGAACUCUUCCCCCUGCUGUUCAAGGUGGCCUUCAUGGACAAGAAGACAGUAGUACUGCGUGAGCUGGUACACACGUGGCCCUUCCCGCUGCUCAGUUUCCAGCAGCUGCUACAGGAGUGUGCCCACUGCAGCCGUGCCCUCCUGCAGGAGCGGCCUAGCACUGAGAGCAUGCAGGCCGUGAUCCUGGGGUUGACCGCCCGGCUCCACACCCCAGAGCCUGGGGCCAGCACACAGCCCCUCUGCAGGAAGCAUGUGCUGCGGGUGCUGGACAUGACAGGCCUCUUGGAUGAUGGUGUGGAACAGGACCCUGGCACCAUGAGCAUGUGGGACUGUACUGCUGCUGUUGCCCGUACGUGCAUCGCCCAGCAGCAGGGUGGGGCCACGGAGCCUGGCCCAGCCCCCGUCCCAGUGGAGGUGCGUGUGGACCUUCGGGUAAAUCGGGCCUCCUAUGCGUUCCUGCGCGAGGCGCUCCGAAGCAGCGUGGGCAGCCCACUGCGGCUCUGCUGCCGGGACCUGCGAGCUGAGGACCUGCCCAUGCGCAACACUGUGGCACUGCUGCAGCUUCUGGAUGCAGGCUGUCUGCGCCGUGUGGACCUGCGCUUCAACAACCUGGGCCUGCGGGGCCUGUCUGUAAUCAUCCCACACGUGGCCCGCUUCCAGCACCUUGCCAGCCUGCGGCUCCACUAUGUGCAUGGGGACUCAAGGCAGCCCUCUGUGGAUGGCGAGGACAACUUCCGCUACUUCCUAGCCCAGAUGGGCCGCUUUACCUGUCUGCGUGAGCUCAGCAUGGGCUCCUCACUCCUUUCCGGGAGGCUGGACCAGCUGCUCAGCACCCUGCAGAGCCCCUUGGAGAGCCUGGAGUUGGCCUUCUGUGCUCUCCUGCCUGAGGACCUGAGCUUCUUGGCACGGAGCCCCCAUGCUGCCCACCUCAAGAAGUUGGACCUGAGUGGCAACGACCUGUCUGGCAGCCAGCUGGCACCCUUCCAGGGUCUGCUGAAGGCGUCAGCGAGCACACUGCUACACCUAGAACUGACUGAGUGCCAGCUCGCAGAUACCCAGCUGUUGGCCACACUACCCAUCCUCACUCGAUGCGCCCAUCUCCGCUACCUUGGCCUCUACGGCAACCCACUGUCCAUGGCCGGCCUCAAGGAGCUGCUGCGGGACUCAGUGGUGCAGGCUGAGUUGCGUACUGUGGUGCACCCCUUCCCUGUGGACUGCUAUGAGGGCUUGCCCUGGCCGCCACCUGCCUCUGUCCUGCUGGAGGCUUCCAUUAAUGAGGAGAAGUUUGCCCGUGUAGAAGCAGAGUUGCACCAGCUGCUUCUAGCGUCAGGCCGUGCCCACGUGCUCUGGACCACGGACAUCUACGGGCGACUGGCUGCGGACUACUUCAGCCUAUGAUGAAGUAGCUCUGGGUGAGACACAGGCUCCUGCAGGCUCGAGUAGCCAGGGCCUUUGCUGGGACCCUGCCCUGGAGGCCUGUCAAAAAGCACUUGUUUCUGGUUUCCUGCUGGGUCCACCUUGCUUCUGGGCACACGUUGAGGUCCCCCACCCCACUUUCUGCAGUGCCCCUUGCGAUUUGCCUGGCCCUGCACUUGCUCCAUAAUCAGCUGAUUGUCUGUGGGCCCCAGGGCUGGGUGUCAGGCCUGCAUCACCCUGCUCAGUUUGGCUGCCCUCCGGAGUCCUGAUCCUUUGUGCAAAUGCUUUUGGAUCCCUGUUGUGAGUUGAGAGAGACGACAAUCUCUCUGGGCCUUUCCCAUCCUCUUAUGGAGAGCUCAGUGUUCUGGGGUUGAAGUUGGAAACAGGCCUGCUUCAGGGAGGCUGGGGUCCCCAGGCACUCAGGCCUCUUAUGUGUUCCCUGCCCUGCCAUCCAGCCACCCCAUUGGGAUGGGCUUGGGCUGGAGAGAGUCAUCAAGGCGCAAGUGUGCCUGGAACUUUAA